AUGCAUUCAGCGGGGUUUGCAGCGCCUCCGCUUCAAGACGCCAUCGAAUUGGAGGCCAAGAUCACUCCAGUGGUUAUCAUUUACUCUAUAAUGGUCGCCUCCGGAGGCCUCGUGUUCGGCUAUGACGUUGGCAUUUCUGGGGGAGUGAUAUCGAUGCAAAUAUUCUUGGAGGAGUUCUUUCCCGUGGGUGAAGAGAGGUCUCAAGAGGCAGAGAUGAACAACAAUUAUUGUAGAUACGAAGAUCAGGGCAUGCAGAUCUUCACCUCUUCUUUGUUUCUCACAGCUCUGAUUUCCACUUUCUACGCUUCUAAUACCACCAGACAUCGUGGUCGGAAAACCACCAUGCUUAUUGCCGGACUUCUCUUCCUUGUCGGUAUCAUUCUAAGCGCCUCUGCUCGAUCCCUCCCAAUGCUCAUUGUUGGAAGAAUUUUUCUGGGUUCUGGAGUUGGGUUUGCCAACCAGGCUGUGCCCCUGUUUAUCUCAGAAAUAGCUCCCUCCAGGAUUCGUGGAGCGCUCAAUAUACUGUUCCAAUUCGACAUGACCCUCGGCAUUCUUUUUGGGGACUUGACAAUUUUCACCACAUCCAAGAUGGAAGGCGAAUGGGGAUGGAGGAUAACACUGGGUUUGGCCGGCGUUCCUGCUCUGUUAUUCACUCUGGGAGCGAUCUUGGUUGAUGAGACACCAAAUAGUUUGAUCGAACGUGGGCAUUUGGAGGAAGGGAAAUCAGUGCUACGAAAGAUUAGAGGCACUGACAACAUUGAACCUGAAUACAUGGCGAUCUUGAGUGCAAGUAGCAUUUCCCAGAAAGUGGAAUAUCCUUUUGAAGAGCUUCUCACGGGCCAAAAUGGGGCGCCAUUGGUUAUAGCAAUAAUGAUACAGGUUUUCCAGCAAUUUACUGGAAUAAACGCGAUCUUGUUAUACACUCCACUUCUAUUCAAGACGUUAGGCUACGGCAGCGCUGCGUCUCUAUACUCUGCCAUCGUAACAGGGGUGGUUAAUGUUGUGUCCACGUUGGUCCCAAUUUACUUUGUGGACCAGAGCGGGCGAAGAAAGCUGCUAUUAGUGGGCGGAGUCCAAAUGUUCGUUUGUCAAACAAUUAUUGCAAUCAUAUUAGGGCUGAAAGUGAGAGACAAUUCCAACACUUUGUCUCAGGGGAUGGCCUUUACGAUGGUGCUAUUGCUGUGCCUGUAUGUGUCAUCCUUCGCUUGGUCAUGGGGUCCAAUGGGAUGGCUGGUUCCAAGUGAAAUAUUUCCAUUGGAAACGCGGUCGGCUGGGCUAAGUGUGACAGUGUGUGUGAAUAUGAUGUUCACGUUUUUGAUUUCGCAGUCUUUUCCAUCCAUGCUUUGUGAAAUGAAAUUUGGGAUCUUUCUGUUCUUCUCUGGUUGGGUGUUGGUAAUGUCGUUGUUCGUGUAUUAUUUGCUGCCGGAGACAAAGGGUGUUCCGAUUGAAGAGAUGAACGAGAGAGUGUGGAAGCAACAUUGGUUUUGGAGCAAAUUUAUGGAGGGUGAGAUGGAAGAGUAUUCAGAUGAGUGUACACAGUCUGAAAUCUAG